AUGCAAGCUCUGAUUCACCAUUCUCUCCUCCUUCGCCACACUUCUUCUUCUACUUCGCUCUCUGCAAUGUCUUCCACUCUCUUUCUUCCCUCCACCCCCUUCCUCGCCCCUUCCUCCAAUGGAAGAACCAUCUUCCCUCUCCCUCGAUCUAGGGUUUCUAUGAGCGUCUCCACCGGCUCUCAGCCUCCCCUUCACCAGACUCUGUUUGCCGAUUACAAAGUCUCCACUUCAUUCCUCUUCCCCGGUCAGGGUGCUCAAGCUGUUGGAAUGGGGAAGGAGGCCCAGAAUGUGCCUGCUGCUGCCGCUUUGUUCAGCAAGGCAAAUGACAUAUUGGGGUUUGAUCUUCUUGAUAUAUGCAUCAAUGGGCCAAAAGAAAAACUUGAUUCAACUGUUAUUAGCCAGCCUGCAAUUUAUGUCACAAGUCUUGCUGCUGUAGAGCUACUUCGUGCACGUGACGGUGGUCAGCAGAUUAUUGACUCAGUGGACGUUACAUGUGGUUUAAGCCUGGGAGAAUAUACUGCUCUGGCAUUUGCUGGGGCUUUCAGCUUUGAAGAUGGACUCAAGUUGGUCAAACUGAGAGGUGAGGCCAUGCAGGAUGCCGCUAAUGCUGCUAAAAGUGCUAUGGUUAGUGUGAUAGGACUAGACUCGGAGAAGGUCCAACAAUUGUGUGAUGCAGCCAAUGAGGAAGUUCCUGAAGCUGAGAAGGUUCAGAUUGCCAAUUAUCUGUGUCCAGGAAACUAUGCUGUCUCUGGAGGAUUUAGAGGAGUAGAAGUGCUGGAAUCCAAGGCAAAGUCUUUCAAGGCUAGAAUGACAGUUCGCUUGGCUGUUGCUGGUGCUUUCCACACUAGUUUUAUGGAACCAGCUGUGUCAAGAUUGGAAGCAGCAUUGGCAACUACAGAAAUCAGAACCCCAAAAGUACCAGUCAUCUCCAAUGUGAAUGCACAGCCGCAUACAGAUCCUGACACAAUAAAGAAGACAUUGGCCCGUCAGGUUACAUCACCGGUUCAAUGGGAAACAACGGUGAAGACCCUUCUAAACAAGGGUCUGAAGAAAAGCUAUGAAUUGGGACCCGGAAAGGUUAUUGCUGGAAUUGUCAAAAGAAUGGACAAAGGCGCUGAUAUUGAAAAUAUUGGUGCUUAA